AGUCAAGCACUCAAACACCGCUGACCACUGGUUGUGGUCUGCAUUUCCAUACAGAGAUCUUAGCUAGCGCUAGCACCACAAGCUAAGUUAGCUCACAUCAUAGCUGGGAAAGUCAUCGUUAGCCACAAGCUAAUUUGGACGCUGAAAUGCACUGGUGACACCGUAUCGGCAAGUUAAGGCUUAACUUAGAAUAACAAGUGUUGCUCUUUGGUAUUUUGGGUUGCUGUGAGGUCCUCUGCAAAGCCUUGUCUUCGUUCAGAGCUGGAGAAGAAGAGGCUAACAUGGCAACCAAAGCAGGAGACAAUCCUGACAGCCUCAUGACUCUAGCAACGGUCUUCUGUCUGAAGAACCUCAGGAAGACCAUGUGCUACCAGGGAUUCAGGAACAAGCUCUGCCUGCGCUCGGACAUCUUCCUUCCCAGUGAAAUUUGCGACAAGCUAGUCAACACGUAUAUGGAGUUGGUCCACACAGACAGUAACUUUGAACCAGAGGAGAGCUUCUUCCAACUAUUCUCAGACCCUCGAAGCACCAGACUGACCAGGGUACAGCUCAGAGAAGACUUCGUACGUGACAGAGAUUUGGAGGCCAUUAGAAAACAGGAUCUGAUUGAGCUCCACCUCACCUACUGCAACAGUCUGUCAUCCCGCAGCUUGAAAACACUGACUUGUUUCCGUGAGACCUUGGUCUCUCUUUGUCUCUUUGGCUGUAGCCGCAUCUUCUUCCGGAAGGGCGGCGCCCCACUUGCUUGCAACGAAGACACAGAUGAUGAUGAGGAGGAAAGCCCUGCUUCAAGGCAAGCACUAGAGACAGACUUUAACUUUCAGGGGUUCAACCGCCUCAGGUUGCUCAAUUUAGGCGGCUUGCCUGUUGAGGUGGAUGCUGAGACCCUGCUCAAACCCCUGAAGUCCCUCACCUCAUUAGAUCUAUCUAAUGUACAAUUGCUGGGAACAGCUUUUCUCACCCAGUGGAAAGAUAGACUGGCAUCUCUUGUUCUCUACAAUGUGGACCUGUCAGAGGAGUUGAUCAGUACAGUGGUGGAGAUUGUUAAUCUCAGACAUCUUGACAUCUCGCGGGAGGGCAGACGAGCCUCCAAGUUUCAGAUGACCAGGAAAAUCCUGACGUCCAUCGUACAGCGUCUGGUCAAUCUGGUGUCACUGGACAUCUCAGGUCAUAUUAUGCUGGACAACUGCACAGUUCCACACUUUGAAGAAGCUAUGGGUCGGCCAAGCAUUGAGCCGUGUAAGAGCAGCAUCUAUCCUUUCCAGGAGCUGAAGAGGCCCUUGCAGUUUCUAGGUUUAUAUGACACCACCCUCUGUAAUGUGACGCACAUCCCUGCUUAUAAGGUGACUGGAUCCAAGAAUGAAGACCAGGUCCUGAAUGCCAUCGAAGCUUACACAGAGUUUCGCCCUGAGCUGGCCCAUAGAGCCAUCAAUCAGCUGUUUGACAUUGCCAGGAUACAGCACUGUAGCCAGCUCCUCCGAGCUUUACAACUUGUUAUAGCAGCACUGAAGUGCCAUAAAUAUGAUAAGAGCAUCCAGGUGACAGGCAGUGCUGCUCUAUACUACCUGACCAACACAGAGUACCGCAGUGACCAGAGUGUGCGGUUGCGCAGAGAGGUCAUUCAGGUGGUGCUGAAUGGAAUGGAGCAGUACCAGGAGGUUACUGUCCAGAGGAACUGCUGCUUGACUCUGUGUAACUUCAGUAUCCCAGAAGAGCUGGAGUUCCAGUACAGUCGGGUCAACCAGCUGCUGCUGAAAAUCUUGGAGCCAGCCAGGCAGGAUGAGUCCAUCCAGAGGAUUGCUGUGCACCUCUGCAACGCUUUGGUCUGUCAGGUGGACAAUCAUCACAAGGAAGCUGUGGGAAAGAUGGGGUUUGUUAAGACAAUGUUGAAUUUAAUUCAGAAGAAGCUACAGGACAGAAUGUGUGACCAGGUGAUGGAGUUUUCCUGGAGUGCUUUGUGGAACAUCACUGAUGAGACGCCCGACAACUGCCAGAUGUUCCUCAAUUGUCGGGGCAUGAGUCUCUUCCUGGAGUGUCUACAGGAGUUUCCAGACAAGCAGGAGCUUCACCGCAACAUGUUAGGGCUUUUGGGAAAUGUUGCUGAGGUCAAAGCAUUGAGGCCACAGCUGCUCACCCCUCAGUUCAUCACUGUAUUCAGUAACCUGCUAGACAGUAAGGCAGAUGGGAUUGAGGUGUCGUACAAUGCAUGUGGCGUGCUCUCGCACAUCAUGUUCGAUGGGCCUGAGGUUUGGUCAAUGGAAGAGCCGCAGAGAGACGCAGUGAUGCACAAGAUGUGGGAUGCCAUUCAGAGUUGGGACGUGAGCUCACGACGCAAUAUCAACUACAGGUCAUUUGAGCCCAUCCUACGGCUGCUGCCCCAGAGCAUCUCCCCUGUCAGUCAGCACUGGGCCACAUGGGCUCUCUACAACCUGGUGUCAGUUUACCCUAGCAAAUAUUGUCCUCUGCUGAUAAAGGAAGGAGGAAUAAGUCUUCUAGAGAAAGUUCUGGAACUGGAAAGCUCACAGCCAGAUACCAAGGAUAUGGCCAGAAAAGUAAUGGAGCAGUGUGAAAACUUCAAAGAAGACCCUAUGGAAACAAAUCAUGGACAGGAGGUAAACUAUGGACAGAGAGGUUGACACCACAGCAGCCAUGAUUCCCAGCAAACAUCAAGCAAACCAACCUAAGGCCCCUCCUACUGUCAUCACCACAAGGGUCAAUCGUGUGCAUUUUUCUUAUCAUUAUUAUUUUGUAGAGCAGAAAUGUGUCUAAGACCCUCUUCACAGCAGUUUGGAUAAAACCUUAAUAUUUGACACAUAGGAUGUGGUGCAUGGUGUUUUGUUGUCAGGGUGCUUACGUUUGCUGCACAUGAGCAUCUCUUUCUGUUGGGACAGGUUUGUUAUCUCUUAGUGUGUGUGUGUGUGUGUGUGUGUGUGUGUGCGCGCGCGCGUCAAAGACUCAAUGGCAGAACGCGGAGCAGUUGGGGUGAUGCUCGGUUCUCAGCACAAGGAAAAAAAAAAGCCCCCUGGCCAGCUCACUACCAUUAACUGUGUAACAUUGAACAAAAGGCUAAAGGCUGUGCACCGCCAUCAGAGGUCUCAGCUCUCACACUGCGCUCUCACAGUCGCUCAUGCAUGUGAAGGCCACUGAGCUGUUGACACAUGUACAGUGAAUGUUAGCCAUUAUGCGUGUAGGCUGCAGAGAAGCAUCACACUGAUGCUGACAGGAGGGAAGUCUUCCCAGACCAUGUGGCACAAUGAUGGACUUUGUUGUUAUAUAUAUGUAAAUAUUCUCUGUUUGUCUCAUCCUUUUACUGUGUGUAAGUUUUAUAAUAUAACUGUAAACACUCA